AUGUACAGUCGAUUCCUAAUACAACAACAAUCAAAGAGUUUAAAACUAUGUUGUAGUAUCAAUAUCAAUAGUGUAUAUAGCUAUAGUUCAACAAACAACUUUGGAUCGUCUACUCCACAUAGAACAAGAGCAAAACGAUAUAUAAAUAAUAAUGAUCAAUUAUCAACAAUAACGACAACAUCAACGAAAUCAUCUACAUCACCAAAACAAAUUAAUACCAAUAUAGAUAGAGAUAUUUUCAAUUACGCAACGUCAUCACCGUUGAACUCUCACCACACACAACAUCAUCUGACAAGAUUGAAUCCAAUCAUUUCAAGUCUGAGCAACGACGAUCAUAUAAUUGUAUCGGCCAAUCAACAACAUCAAGAAGGAGACUUUAAAAUCGAUAAACAAUCAUUAGCUAAACAACUAUCAAAAUUUAACAUUCAAUUCAAAGAUAACAUCAUUCCACAAGCAAUCAUUGAAAGUCUAUCACAAAACACAAAACAAUAUUCAUAUUCUCAUUUAAAUAGAUAUUUCUUUUUAGGUAAUGUUAUUUAUAAUACAAAUAUUUUAGAACAAUUAAAGAAUAGUGGAAUUGAACACGAAACAAAAGCUGAAUAUAAAUCGAUUAUUAAAGGAAGUUACUUUUUAAGUAAGAGAUGUGAGAUCAUUGGAUUGUCAGAGUUUAUCAGUGGAUCGAUGCCAUCGGAUCAGUCGAAAUUCAAGAGUUUCUAUCUAAAGCAUUUCCACUAUCGUUCUUUAAUGCAAUUCGUUGGUGCGCUCUACCAAGAACAAGGUUUAAACGUAGCCAAUGAAUUCAUCGACAAAUUUAUACUACAAAGCUCUGCUAUUCAACCAGAACAAUAUAUCUUGGAAUUCCCAGAGUCAAUAGUUUUAAAGAAGUUCUAUCAAUAUAAAAUAGAACCACCUCAUAUAAUUGUAUCACAACCAGGUGGAAGAUGUCCAAUUUAUCGUGGAUCAAUUGUAUCUGGUAAUAAGAGAUUAGUUGAAACCUAUGGGUUCGAUGAAAAUGAAGCUAAAUGUCAUGCAUUUGAAUUGUUGAAUACACAAUGUAAUUCUAUUACAUCAGUAUUAAAAUUGUUGAUGAAUGAUAAACCAAUUACAGAUAUAGAUGAAGAUGAUAACAAUGUUGAUAGUCAACAACAACAACAAUAA